CUCAAGUUUGAAACUUUUUUUUUUUUUUUUUUAACAAGGAGGAGGAAUCCGGUUACAACAAACUCUUGUAACCGAUCUCACAGCAACGGAGAGAAGAAAACACUCGUUCAAUAAUUCACACAUCUGUGCCAGAUACACGGUUACAGAGCAAAAAGGGAGCUACAAGAGGAGGACAUUUGUUUUUAUCGAGGAGAACCAACAAAACAAGCAAACAAACACAAAACAUGCUGUGAGAAGACUUUUCCCCUGCGCCGCCAGGAUGAAGACUUGAGAGAUUUUUUGUUCAGAUUAAUUUGUCAUCUUGUUGGGCUUGACCACUCCUGUGUCUUCACUGAGCUGAGAGAGGAAGACUUGACUAUGGACUCCUUCAGCACCAAGAGCUUAGCCCUGCAGGCGCAGAAGAAGCUGAUGAGCAAGAUGGCCACCAAGAGCGUGGCCAACCUCUUCAUCGACGACACCAGCAGCGAAGUGCUGGACGAGCUGUACCGCGUCACCAAGGAGUACACCCGCAACCGCAAAGAGUCCCAGAAGAUCAUCAAGAACUUGAUUAAGAUGGUGGUGAAGCUGGGAGUGCUCUAUAGAAACAACCAGUUCAACAGUGAGGAGCUGAUCCUGGUGGAGAACUUCAGGAAGAAAGUCCACACUCUGGCCAUGACGGCGGUCAGUUUCCACCAGAUCGAGUUCACUUUUGACCGCCGCGUCAUGAGCGCCAUUUUGAAUGAGUGUCGCGAACUGCUGCACCAGGCCAUCAAACGCCACCUGACAGCCAAGAGCCACUCGAGAGUCAACCACGUCUUCAAUCAUUUCGCCGACUGUGACUUCCUGGCCACCCUCUAUGGUCCCUCGGAGGUUUACCGCGCCCACCUGCAGAGGAUCUGUAAUGGCGUCAACAAGAUGCUCGACGACGGGAACCUCUGACCUCUGUUUGCCUCGCUGUCUUGCACCCUUACCUCUAGUCACCAGUCACGCACCAUCUUGUAGGAUUUUUUUUUUUUUUUUAAGGUGACAAUCAUGAACAUUUUUAUUUUUCAUUUGUUGGUUUGUGUUUGUGUGUGUCUUUCAGAUAUUACUGUAACACUGAAAUUCUCUUGGCUAGUUAGUCCAAAGUCUGUUUCUUCUCCAGCCUGACUCUCACAGUAAACAAUACCUAGCAGAUGUGUUUUUUUUGUUUGUUUUUGUUUUUUUAAUGAAUGUAAAACUUCAUGCUCUUAUCAGUAUAUUCAGGGCUAGGAGCCUUGACAACUGUGCCUUGACCAAAAAAAAAAACAA